AUGACUCGACCGGUCCCUGUGGGCUCCAGAAUGGACGUGGAUCAAGACAUUCGAGCGAUCAAGGCCAGAAUAAGAACAGAAACCCUUCAUCGAUAUCUGGCACCUUAUAUUAAUGCUGUAAGUUGACUUUUAGGAUGAGUAAUACUGUUUUUCGUUUAGGUUCUGCAAUUAAAACAUGGUUUCCAACCGAGUGGAUCGAAGGAAGUCAGUGCCAAGCAGUUACUACAUGCAGUUCAGACAAAAACAGAAUUUUUAUUGAAGCAUACAGAUCAACUGAUCGAGAAGAAGGCCAAACACAUCACAAAAGAGUCGGCUCAAGACCUUGACAAUGCUCUGAAAGGAGUUGAAACUACAGGUUUGUUAUUAAAAAUUUUUUUGUUCUGUAUUUAGGAAGAAAUUAUAUUAUUUAUGUUUCAGCCAACGAUGUUCUUAAAGUCGGGCAGGUCUUUGCAGAAGACACAAGUCAAAUUGAAGUCCGUCGACAGUUGGUUGCUGUUGCAGAAGAUUUUAUAAAAGCGUUAGCUGAACUUCUCCUUGCUGCGGACUUGGUGGAAGUUAAUAAUGUCAAAGAAAGGGUUAAUACCGUAAGUAGUUUUUAUUUCGACCUCAGAAUUUAGGUAAAAUUCUGAAUCUUUAUGCUGCUGAUUAAUUUGAAGGCUGACUGACACGAUUUCAGGUCUAUCUUCGGCUUGAAAAUGCUCAGAAAGCCCCAACAAAGGAGACAUUUAUCCAAACGACCAAGAAAUUGGAAGUGGAUAUCGAUGAUUUGAUCGAGGUAACUCGCCGAAGACUUGAGAAAUCUCGUGAUCAAGAUGACCGGGACAAUCUCCAGGCUGCAUUGCAUCUCGUCAAGAGAAGUGUUCCCAUUAUGGUGACCUCUUCAUUAGCUUCUUUCACGAACAAGAAUUCGGCCGAAAUCGAGGAAAAUAAGAAAUUUGCCUUCGGAAAUCUGCAAUCUGGACUUGAAGGGAUUGUGGCAGUUUUGAACGGACAAACUCCGAAUAGAAGAGCCGGUCUGAGCUUGGGAGCAAAUUUGGAUCAACUUAUUGAUGGGUUGGAGACGUUCAGAGUGAGUUUUAUACCUAAAAUAAUAUAGUUUUUGUCAUUUUUAGUUUCUUAGAUAAUAUUUUUUCAAGAUUUUAUACCUUUUUUAGCAUAUUAAUUUUUCUGUUGUUACCUAAAAUAGUGUAUUUUUGUCUUCCAGGCUAGUGUGGUCAUCGAUCCCAACCAGUAUCGCAAGCAUGAGCAUCGCAAAAAGCUCGAAGAACUCCUCGAACGUAUUGUGGUGAUGUUGGCCGACGUUGCCGAUCAACCAAUGACUCGUCCAAAACGUCGUCAAGACAUUGUACAAGGUGCGAAUAACCUUCGUCAAGCUCUUCAAGACCUCCUCACUGAAUAUGAAAAGUAUCGACAAGGCGAUUCCACCGAAGAUUUGGACAUGGCCUCAGUUCAUUUGGAUCACAAUCUCAAGGAUCUACGGAGACAUUUGAGAAGAGCGAUUGUUGACCAAGUGUCUGAUACUUUCAGCACUCUGGACACUCCUCUGCAAUUUCUGAUUGAUUCAGCAUUGAAUGGCCGUAGAGAAGAGACUAUUGACAACGCGGAGAUCUUCAAAGUACAUUCGGAAAACAUGGCCACAGUCGCGGAAUUGGUUUGCAAAAUGUCCCCAGAUCCAGAAGGCGUGGGAAUGCUGAAAUACUCGGCGUUUUUGCUCAGAGAUGUGACUCCGCAAGUGAUAAACGCCGCCAUAUUGGUCUCGUUAAAGCCGAAUCGAACCGCCGACGAUCCGGCCGUCCAGAAUCUCCAUCAAUUCAAGGAUUUAUGGAGAGAAAGAGCUCAUGCUCUAAAAACGGCGAUGGAUUCCUUGAUUGCGAUGGAUGACAUGUUGGCAGUUACUGAGCAGCACAUCAUUGAUGACAUGAAUAAUGGAUUUGGGGUGAGUUUAGAUUUUUUGGAUUUCAUUUUUCCCUUUAGGCCAUCGAAAGAGUGGAUGCGGAGUAUUUGGAUCGAGUGGUCGGAACUAUAAGAGGAAGAUGCAUUAGGGUGACGGAUAUGGUCGAUUCAGCCUUGGAAGAGCUUCCAAUCACCACAUUUACUGAGAAUCUUGGAAAAGCAACCACUCAGUUGAGAAAGGGUAAGAUUUUUUGUAAAAAUUGCUUUGAUGACAAAAUUUUUAGUGAUGCCGGCAUUCGAGGAAGACGCAUCCGCUCUGGUGGCCCGAGUAGCCAAUAUGGAGGCAAAUGACUCGGAUGAAAAAGAAAAAUGCGUCGAUGAAUUGAUCUCGGCGUGCGAUCUGGUACAUGGAGCUGUGGUAAAUAUAAGACAUGCUUUGUUGUUGAAUAGAAACCCUGAGGAUGUUGAUUCUGACAAUGAGUAUGAAGAAGGUAGGUCGAUUUUAAUUUUGGAUUAAUUUUUGUGUUAAGAUGGAGGAACUACGGCCGUCGGAGAUCAAAGAAGUCAAGUGUCGGACGGAGACGCCGAAAAUCAACAAAGAAUCAUGCGCCAUCUCCCCGAGGAGACCAAACGUGAAAUCAAGAAGCACUUGUCGGUCUAUAAAAUGGUCCAGCAGAACUUGGUUUAUGAAGUUUCGAAGUGGGAUGAAGAAAGCAAUGAUUUGAUUUCAUUGGCGAAGAAAAUGCUGAAGAUUAUGAAUGAUAUGACUGAUUUUACUAAUGGAAGGGGGCCUUUUAAGACCACUAUGGAUGUGAUUAAUGCUGCCAAGGAGAUCUCGGAGAGAGGAAGAGAGCUGGAAAAGAUUGCGGAUAGUAUUGGAAAGGAAUGUGUGGAGAGUCAAACGAAGAAUGAUUUGUAUUCUUAUAUACAGAAGAGCAUCUUGUUUUGUCAUCAACUGAGUUUGACUAGUCGAGUAAGUGCUUUUGGAGGGAAGUCGGGUUUUUUGAACGGUGAAUUUGUAGCCUUCAGAUUAGUUGGCUACACUUUUGGAAGAUUAUCAAUUUUGAUUCCACGUUUAGCACAAUUUUUUGUCAUAUUUGGGAUGUUUUGAAGGUUAAUGUGUUGUUUUAGUCUUGACAGUGAUUUUGGUUAGAAAAUAAAUGUGACUUGGAUAAAUAUGCACGAUUUCGAAAAAAAUUAUUUUUGGGGUUAAGUGCGAUAUAAUUUCGGUGAUUUUGCAUAUUUUUGGAUCGUUUUAUGAAUGAUCAUUGUUAUUUUAGGUCAAAGCUGAAAUCAAAAUGGUGGAGAACGAAGCGCAGGUCAGCGGCCUUGACUCUGUUCUCUCCCUCAUUCACAAUGCCAAAAACUUGACAAGUGCUGUUCUGUCAAUUGUAAAAUUGGCUUUCAUUGCCAGCACCAAAUACAGAAAGAGGAACAAGAAUGAAGAUGUCACCUACACCAAAGACGAGAUCAAAAUGGAAUGGAGAUCGGCCAAGCCGCAGGCCGCCGCUUUUACAGCAGAUCCUGUCCAAGCAAGGAACGCGCAGAUUGUUAGAAGAAGGUCCGACCGGAGAUCUUUGGCCCCAAUUCGGCAAAUGGCAGCGGCAAGGAUUAACUGA